AUGGUAUUGUACAAAGCCCAUGGAAAUACAGCAGUUCUCGAUGCCAAUUCUAACUUCACCAUCACCCAUCCAGUAUGGGGUUCGCAUAUAAGAUCGAAAGUUACCAGCGACGCCCAAGGCUGGGUAAAUAUCCCAAUCAUAAUUCAAUCGGAAACUGGUCGAAAACUCAAACUCACCAAAGUCGAGGUCUCGUAUGCUACAGGGUGGAAAACCAUCUUUGAUGCCAUCAAAGUAUAUAUGGGACAACAGGAGAUACUGAAUAAAAGCGAUUUUGGCUUCUCCAACGACAAGGAGACUACGGUGGAUUUUGAAGUCCCAAAUUCUCCGCAGAUUGAUCGAGGAAUUGCAAUCUCCGUGCUCAUCACUAUACCUGCUGGUCCAGAUGAACAUGGCCGCUGGGCCACGAUUUCUUCUGUCGGAGCCCAUCUCUGCGCUGUCUGA